UGCACCGACCGUUAACUCGGUUUCGUGUGCCCGAAAAUGAUAAAUAACGAAUCGGUGCUUCCGUAGCAGAAGGCCGGCGCGUUGUGCGCGUUAACUCGUGCUGUCAGCUGCUCGCUUUAAAUGCUGUCAUUCCCAUGCCAAUAAAACCAGCGCGAGUGCACUUUCUAUUCUUAUUUUGAAUUCGCACGUUCUGUUAGCAGGCUAGCUGACUCGCUAUCACGUCGCACACGUGUGCUAACGUUGCCGCUGCGUGGUGGUUGUAUGCGGGUCGUUGUGACGUAACAACCCGAGCGUUUUAGCACGUUAGCAGCUAACCGAGCCGUCAUUGAGGCUCUGGCAUGCUGACAGCGGUUACUCAACGACGGGCUUGUGUCAUACAACGUUAAUUUACGUUAAAACCGUUAAGUCUUAAUAUCCCGUGACGUAACUCGGGCCAUGUGAUUCACUCCGCAGGUUAACAAUGACCCUGGACCCAGCUGCUGGAUAGCUUGCUGUCAAAACAAUGGAGCAAAGGUCAAUAGUUUCUCCGACACGCGGAUGCCUGCACAUGGCAUUUUUAACCACCGUCAUCAUCCCGUCUAUUAAGUUGGUUUUCCCCGUGUCAGGGCUCUCUGGCACGGAGACGGAUUGAAAGCAAUCGGCCUUGUUUUCUCAUCUGGAUCAGGAACCGGCAAGCCUUUCACGUCUAGACAAAUCCCCACGCGGUGAUUUGACAGCGCGACAUGGGAAAGUUUCACUCUGCCUCACAAAGUGGCCCCGCGGAUGACCCAGCAGGAAGUGGGGACCGAUCAGAGGGGGAGGAGGAGGAGACGGGCCAGAAGCCGCCGGCAUCGGAGGACGGCGGAGCACACGGCGACGCAGAUGUGGAGAUGGUCGCCUCCGAGGGUCCGUCUCCUCCCGGAGGCCCCUCGGAGGAGGCUGCCGAGCCCACUAAGUGGAAGGGGGCCGUGAUAUUCUUGUGUUUCUACGGGUUUAUGGCGUCGAUAAAGCCCGGUGAGCCCUUCAUCACACCAUAUCUGCUUAGCCCUGAGAAGAACUUGACCAGGGAACAGGUGACCAAUGAGAUCACGCCUGUGCUGACCUACUCUUACAUGGCGGUGCUGGUGCCGGCCUUCCUGCUGACGGACCUGCUGCGCUACAAGCCGGUCCUCGUCAUCCAGGGCGUCAGCCAGGUGGUCAUCUGGAUCAUCCUGCUGCUGUGCACCAGCCUGCUGGAGAUGCAGUUCAUGGAGUUCUUCUACGGCAUCACCAUGGCCUGCCGCGUGGCCUACUCCUCCUACAUCUUCUCCCUGGUCAGCCCGGCCUUGUACCAGCGCGUGGCCGGGUACUCGCGCUCCGCCGUCCUCCUGGGGGUGUUCACCAGCUCGGUGCUGGGCCAGCUCCUCAUCAGCUUCGGCGAGGUCAGCUUCUACACCCUCAGCGCCGUGUCGCUGGGCUUCGUCAGCUUCGGCCUCACGCUCUCCGUGUGCCUGCCGUGGCCCAAGCGCUCGCUGUUCUUCAACCGGGCGCGGUUCCGGGAGCAAAAGGAAGCGGCCGCGCUGGCCGCCAAGUCGGAGCUGGACAAAAUGAACCCGAAGGAGGGCGCCGCGUCCUCUGCGGCCCCCUCCCCGUGCUCCGCGUCACGCUGGAGGGACUCUGUUUUUGUGCAGAUGCUGCUGGAGGUGAGAAAUGUGGCGAGGAGGCCCAACCUGAGGCUCUGGUCCCUGUGGUGGGUGUUCAACUCCACCGGGUACUACCUGGUGCUGUUCUACGUUCACAUCCUGUGGAACAAAGUCUAUCCGGCCACUGAGAACAAGAACGUUUACAACGGGGGAGUGGAGGCAGCUUCUACCCUGCUGAGCGCGCUGACUUCCUUCGCCGCCGGCUACGUGAAGAUUCGGUGGGACGUGUGGUCCGAGCUGGUCAUCGCCGUCAUCACGGCGCUGCAGGCGGGUCUGCUGCUGCUCAUGGGCACCACGGACAACAUCUGGGUGUGCUACAUGGCCUACGUGCUCUUCAGAGGCUUCUACCAGUUCCUGGUGCCGAUUGCCACUUUCCAGAUCGCCUCGUCGCUCACCAAGGAGCUGUGCGCCUUGGUGUUCGGCAUCAACACUUUUUUGGGGACCAUACUGAAGAGCAUCAUCAACCUGAUAUUCUCUGACCGGAGGGGCCUGGCCUUGGACGUGCACUCGCAGUUCCUCGUGUACUUCAUCUACUACACCAUCCUCACCGUCGUCUACUUCGUCUGUGCUGCGGUGGUCAUCGUCCGUCACUAUAGAAACCAGCGCAGAGGAGGAGGAGGCGGGGACGACCUACCGGCGGCGUCCACUGAGCUCCGCCCGGUGGCCGCCGAGGCCGAGCCCCUUUCCAACGGCGGCGGUGCCAAAGCGCAGUGACGAGCCCAUAAACUGCUCUCCACCGAUGUCUUAACUCGAGCCCGCUUUGUGCCGACGAAUCGCUUUAACCGUCGACGUCCAGCGAGCAGUUCACACACCAGACGGCACAACCACAACCAUAGAAAUGCCUCUUCUGCUGCACCCCCCCCCCCUUCCCCCCAGUAGAGAGGGCUGUUAGUCGCACAGCUGAUUCAUUUGUGAUGUAUUUCACACCUUAUCGUCACACACCUGUUGUGACAUCACAGGGCUAGUGACCUUUAUCCGGUACACCUUUUUCUUUCUGUAUUGAUAAUCAAAUUGCACAUCAGUUAUCAUUUUCAUAAUCAAAUUCUCAAUUUUCGGUAUUGAUAAUCGAGUUGCACGUCACAUUUUCAUAAUCACAAUAUGAAAUUGAUCAGUUCAUGUGAAGCUGCAAACUGCCCAUUUUAUGCAUCAUUUCAGAGGAAAUGAUUUUGUUGCUGCUGUAAUGCUCUGAAAUGUAGAAGCUUCAGCAUCGUAUUUGUAAUUCUCCUUAUUUGAUCCAUUUAAACAAGCUGCAGACAGAAAUCACGUGCAAUUGAUUUAAACAUUGCUAAUUGGCAAUAAGUCCAAAUGCACAUCACUGAACUCUGAUCAUCUGACGUGAUAAUUCGGCGCUGUGUCGGCUGAAGAUGCAGCCGAGUAGAGUAACUCUAAUUGCCGAUAAUUCUAUUUCCUCUGUCUUUGAAUCGUUACCUUCAGUCAGUCACCAGGAAGCCUAGAGACACGUCCUCGUGUUUCUAAUAGGGAUCUUUGACUGAGUCAACAUAGGAAUGCAGUAGUACCGAUGCAACAGCAACUUAGGUACAAACUAGUAGUUAUUUUUUUACCACAUUUUGUAGUUUUACAUUCAUUAUGUUUCAGUAUUUUUGAUUUUAUAUAAUGGCGUUAUGCACUUGUGAAUCUGUCUGAAUGCUGUAAAAGACACUGACAUUAAUUACAUGUUUAUUUUGUAUUCACAAAUAAAUUGAGUUUGGUGGAUGAAAAUA